AUGCAACACACACUUUUACGAAAGGGGAAGAACAUAAGCUCAUUGCCGUACAAGAAGGUGAACGUUUCUUUCAUCCAGCGCAUUAACACCGUCACUAUUGAAAAGGAGAAAUUCGAGUUAUACCGACUUAACUCGAAGUUUGAGAUCCAGCGGACUAAAAAUGUUGGGGAUGAGUUAUAUAUAGACGUUGAUGUUGAUCCUGACCAACAACCUUUUGUCUCAACUCUUGUUCGAUUUUUAAAUGGAGCACGGUGUUGGGAAAAUAGUAUAUACCAAUUACCUAUAGUGAUCAGUAGAUUAGCUCUAUUUGGUAUUCCAAUACCAGACAUCUUGAAUUGGGCGGGCAUUGACGUCACUACACAACAAGGCGAGAUGAAAUUUGACCAAAUAUUGUACAACUCACUUCCACGAGAAUUAGAAAUCAUACUCAGAGGUAACCUCAACAGUCAAACAUACCCAGACAUUAACAUCGAAAACAUUUUAAAAACAUUUUGCACACAAGACUUCAGAGGGAAGGAGGCUCAUAAGGCUAUUUUAGACACCUUCUUCAAUAAGAGUAAAGAGGACCUCAUCUCCAUGUUUAUCUCAAAUUCGAAAAUCGACAUCAUCGAAGUGUCGCAAAACCAGGAAUUCACGAAUAAGCGCGAGAUGGUUGUAUUUGCGUUAGUUGAAAAAGUGGUUGAGAGUGGUGCUCGAGUCGCCCCGGAGCAGGUUGAAGUAAUCAAAGCGUCUUCCUCGUUACAGUUUGUGUUUGAUGAGGAGUAUUUAAUACACAUCAUAUGCACGACAAAGCGGGACUUGUCUGGGAACAGUAUUACACCAGACAGAAUCAAAAAGGCGCUCCAGUUUUUGGACACAAGCGAAGACAAAGAAACGAUCAUCCAGAAAGCCAUUAACGAUGGAGUAUUAGACGAAGCGUAUUACGACUACCCCGAGUUCAAGGAAUUCGAGUUGGAUGAGAUGACUAAAGUCCUCAUUCAAAAGGAUUGCGACAACUUUCAAUAUGCUUUCCGUAAGAUGGGGGAGAAUGUUUUGUUGUCAACAAAUGAGUGCGGGCUGAUCACCAUCCAUGUUGAAACGAAAGAAUAUGUCAUAGUAAAGAACUCAGACUCUCUCAUCGUAUACUCCGAGACGGGCGACAGUAAGUUGAUUGAUGGGAUAUUCUCGUUUUAUGGAGGAGAUAACCCUGCGAUCUAUCUCAACGGAGCAGAGACGGAAUUUUGUGAGGAACUUGCUGAUAUUAUUGGUGUUGGAAAAACAGGAGAUAUUAAGUCAUGCUCGUACAUUGGGCAAGUUCUUUAA